AUGAGUAAUUACCAUUUCGUUUCAGGAAACAGACUUCGGCAGGUAUGGCCGAAACGGAAAGUCGAGAAAAAGUCGAAAGAGGAGGAAGCUGUACGGAGCCAGAGGCCAGAGUUCGCGAGUAAGCCGCCGGCUUUGACCCCGGAGCAGAGGAUGAAACAGACGGCAUUUGAGCGGGCCAUUUAUGACAUGUCCCAUAAUGAACGAGUGGUGAACGAGAUCACUUUGGGACGACGGGUGGCUUUCUACGAGCUCCGGGGAGAGAUAGGGACCGGGAAUUUCUCCCAUGUCAGACUGGGAAUCCACGCGCUUACCAAAGAGCGCGUUGCUGUGAAGAUUCUUGACAAAUCACGUUUGGACAAGAAGACGCAGUCAUUAUUUUCUUCAGAAAUCUCAUGUAUGGAGACAUUGUUACAUCCCAACAUUGUGCGCCUGUAUGAGGUUCUGGAGACAGGUAAACGCCUGUACCUGGUGAUGGAGUACGGCAGUGGAGGGGAUCUCUUCUCCAGAAUCACCACCAGGGGGCGUCUGUCUGACCUGGAGAGCAAACUCAUCUUUGCCCAAAUUAUCUCAGCCAUUAAAUAUAUGCAUGACAACAAUAUCGUUCACCGAGACCUGAAGGCCGAGAAUGUGUUCUACACGACUAGCUACUGCAUCAAAGUGGGCGACUUCGGUUUCAGCACGGUCAGCGGUCCGGGGGAAGUUCUGACCACGUUCUGCGGUUCUCCUCCGUACGCGGCGCCCGAGCUGUUUAAGGAGAAAGGCUAUGUGGGUCGGUACGUGGACAUCUGGGCCCUGGGAGUUCUGCUGUACUUUAUGGUGACAGCAGCGAUGCCCUUCCAGGCUGACAACCUGGGCCGACUGAAGAGGUGCAUCCUGCAGGGCGCUUACGCCAUCCCACAGUACGUGCCCGAUCCAUGCCAACUGGCCAUUAAGAGCAUGCUGAGGCAGGUGCCCGCCGACCGGACCGCCGUCUCCCAGAUAAUGACCAGCGCGUGGUUACGUGGCAUUGAUUACCCCAAACCGUACCCUGUCCUCAGACUGACGCCCAAUCACCUGGCAGAACCGGGACAGAACCUGUGCGUGGAGGAAGAGGAAGUGAGGUCGUUGCUGAGUGACCUGGGCAUCAUGGGAGUUCACCUGCAGAACAACACGUGUGGGGACUCGCGCAGCCCGAUCACGGGAACGUACCGCAUGCUCCUCCACCGCGUGCAGAAGCGCCGGUCUGUGGAGGCGGUGGGGUACUCCGCCCUGUACCCCGACGAUUUUAAAGCCCAGAGUCAGUGCAGCAGCGCCUCCCUAGCAAAACACCACCCUUCUGCUGUCUGCACAGUGCUGUAG